AUGUUGAUUGAAUUGCGAGAAGCGGCGACCUCACACACAUUUCUAUUUAAGGAACUAGACAAAGCCGGGAUUACAAUGGGACAAGAGAGCCUGGGCCCCCAAGAUGAUAAUGAGGGACAGGUUGCGCCCGACCAUCCUCCUCUCACCAAUACCACGGAGCGCAAGCUAAUGGCCAAGAUUGAUUGGCAUACCGUCCCCUGCCUGUGUAUCAUGUAUUUGCUUGCCCUUUUGGACCGCGUUAAUAUUAGUAACGCGGCUGUGCUCGGGCUUAAACAAGAUCUACAUAUCUUUGAUGGGACGAAAUACAAUACCGCAUUGACGAUUUUCUUCGUUCCAUAUAUAAUAUUCGAGAUUCCCUCCAACGUUCUGCUCAAGAAAUUCAAGCCCCACGUGUGGUUGUCGAUGUGCAUGUUUCUAUUCGGAUUAGUAACAAUCUGCCAGGGGCUGGUGUCGAACUGGGGUGGUCUGAUAACCACCCGCUGUUUCCUAGGAAUGUUUGAGACAGGAAUGUUCCCCGGAUGCUUCUAUCUUCUGGGAAUGUGGUAUAAGCGUAGCGAGGCGCAGAAGAGAUUUAGUUUCUUCUUUAGCUCUACGACCCUUGCGGGUGCCUUCGGUGGCUUGCUGGCCAGUGGGCUGGGGAAGAUGGACGGAGUUCGAGGCUACAGCGGUUGGCGAUGGGUUUUUAUUAUUGAAGGCCUUCUCACUUGCGUUGUCUCGUUCGUCUGGUUCUUCGUUAUCCCGGGCUUCCCGGAGGAGGUCAAAUGGCUCACAGAGGAGGAGCGAGAGUUUAUUCGCGUGAAACUGGCUAAAGACACCGGAGGUGCUGCGCAUGAUGCCAAACUUGGUUGUCGCGAAGUUUUGGAUGUCUUCAAGGACUACAAAAUUUUCCUUGGCGGACUUAUGUACUUUGGCCAGACUGUUACAGCAUAUGGUUAUGCCUACUUUGCGCCGAGCAUCAUCAAAUCCUAUGGCUACAGCCCUAUCAAGACACAGCUAUACUCAAUCCCACCGUGGGUGGCCGCAUUGGGUUUCUCCAUGUUCAUUGCCACUCUUUCCGACAAAACCAGACACCGGUUUGCAUUCACGAUAGGACCCAUGCUGAUCGCUAUGGCCGGAUUCGGGAUCUUGUUGAACGUACACGGACAAUCUAAUAGGCAUGUCCAAUACGGUGCCCUAUUCCUGGUCGCCAGUGGCUGUUACAGUGCGAUGCCGGUGAUUGUGUGUUGGUUCACCAUGAACCUAGGGGGUCAUCGCCGACGAAACGUGGGAACAGCUUGGCAAGGUGGCUUUGGAAACAUCGGUGGAAUCAUUUCUACGUACUCGUUCCUGGAACAGGAUGCCCCGGAGUAUAGACCGGGGAAUAUCAUCAGUGUAUCUUUCCUCUGCUUUUCGUCUGCCUGUUGCAUCGCCUACUUUGCAGCGGUCUGGAAUGAUAACCGGCGCCGCAACCAAGCGGCGGCCACCGGGACGGUAAAAGAGUACAGCGAGUCCGAAAAGGAUCUUCUUGGUGACAUGGCACCUACGUAUCGAUAUGCGUAUUAG